AUGUCAGACAACAAAGUUGACGAAUUUGAUGAUUUGGAUGACUAUUUAGAGGAUCCACGCAAACUGGAUGAACAGGAAAAACAAGAAACUGUUCCAAAUGAGGCAGUUACUAAGGGUGAGCCUGCUACGCAGAGCGAUGAUCCAGAAGUAGUCGAGAUGAUGGAAGAUUUGCAGAAACAGUUCCAACAAUUGAUGCAGCAGGAAGGCGGUGAUACUGACCAAGAAAUGGUUCAGAAUUUCGAGACAUUGCUAACUGUACUUGGAGAUGCAUCGAAGGAGAAAGACCAUAACAGUGUAAAACACGUUCAGGAGCAAUUGAAGAGCGGUACUGGUUUCAAGAAUAUCAUUUCCAACACCCUAGAUAGAUUGAAAGAAAAUUCUACGAAAGUGGAUGAAAGUUUGGAGGAAGAGAAGAAAAAUCAGAACUCAGACGAUAUUCUUUCCCAAUUGCUAGAUCAACUAGUGGAAAACGGCGAUGGCAACGGUACGGACGGAGAAGGAAUGGACAAUGCCAUUUUGAAAAUGCUUUCACAAAUGUCUUCUAAAGAAGUGCUAUAUCAGCCGAUGAAACAAAUGCAGGGAGAAUUCACCGAGUGGAUGGGAUUACACGAAGAAGACCCCGAACACAGCGACAAGAUUGAUAACUACAAGAAACAGUAUGCACUUGUGAAUCAGAUCAUCGGUGUAUUCGAAAGCGAUGAUUAUACGAAUGAAAAGUACCAUGCUGAGAUCGCAGAUCUAUUGGAUGAACUAGAGCAACUCGGUGACUCACCGGUUGCAAAGGGAACUAGUAACGAUCCUGGAAACGAUAUGUCAGAAUUAGCCAAGAUGCUGGAAAUACAAGGAGAUGAAAAUCUAGGUAACAUCGACAAAGACCUUGAAGAUACCUGCAAACAGCAAUAA